GUAGUGUUUGGGCGUUAGUUUUCUUGACGAUAGAUAAACGAUAACGCCGAGUGGAAGAAUACUGGGCGAAGACAGCGAUAAGAGCCCGGAGUCACGGAAGAGAAGACAGCCUCUAUUUCGCGGGUUGCCAGAGAUGUAAAGUGGCUAACAAAAGAAGCACGCACCAGCAAGUAGAGGUGAAUUAGCAGCUGCCGUUUUCGAAAAUAUUGCCCUGCUACAACCGGGAGGGGGUCUCCGGACGCGAUAAAAAUCCUCACCGAUAGGCAGUUUUCGUGGAAUAUGUCCCGCAAACUCUAAACGAACACCGGCUCUCGAUCACCCAAUCAGCGAAGAAAAGAAGGGAGUCGCGAAAUAAGCGUGCUAAUUGCGGAUCCCAUUCUGACCGGCAAACAGACCGGCUCCGGAACACGUAAAAGAUCGUCGCCUACCCUGAAGGGGGAAGGGUAUAUCCGCGCUGCGAUUGUGCACAUACACGGGUGUAUGAGUGUUUGAUCGUCGCGAUCGCCUACCGUUGCGCAGCAUCAGCGCCACCACUGACUUCAAGUCAGUUGACCGAAGACAUCGAACGAAACUGGUUGCAAAGACGUUUCGAGAUGAACGUAACUAGCUCGUUCUUGGACGAAACAUUCGUCUACCUGUACAAGGAGAUGAACCACUACAUGCCGGAGUUUAUCAGCUCGAUGGGAUACGUGCCGUGGGUGUUUUCGCUGCUCGGUUCCGCCCUGAUCGGGCUGAGCGGUAUCCUUCCCAUGUUCAUCAUACCGGACGCGGCCAAAAACAGCAAAGACGCGUCGGAAUUAAGUGAUCCGUCGGAAUCGAAAACCCUAAAGUUACUGCUAAGCUUCGCGGUCGGUGGUCUACUGGGAGAUGUGUUCCUGCAUCUGCUGCCGGAAACAUGGGAACAUGAAAUAGCGGCCGGUCCGACCGCCAGCGGCCACCCGUCGCUUCGCAGCGGACUGUGGGUGCUCGGUGGCCUGCUGCUCUUUACCAUCGUGGAAAAAAUCUUCUCCGGGUACGCGAACGUCGACGAGCAGAAUCCCCAACCAAAGUGCGUCGAAAUUGCAACCUGUCUGCUUCGGCGAAGCGGGGGCAAGUUGCCUGAAAACUUCGUCGGCGGUAUGUGUGGUGGUGAUGGGAAAGGUUCGUGCGAUAUUGAGGAUGUUCCGAAUGGAUGCUUCCUGGCGGGUAAUGCACCUGCCGAGGCGGCACGGGACGAGGCGGCCCAUAAGAAGGUGGCCGGUUAUCUGAAUCUGCUGGCCAAUUCAAUCGACAACUUUACGCAUGGGUUGGCCGUUGCCGGGUCGUUUUUGGUUUCGCUGCAGCAUGGUCUACUGGCUACGUUUGCUAUUCUGUUGCACGAAAUUCCUCACGAGGUCGGCGACUUUGCGAUCCUGCUGCGAUCCGGUUUCAGCCGAUGGGAUGCCGCCAAAGCACAACUACUUACUGCCGGUGCCGGUCUGCUCGGUGCCCUGGUGGCCAUCGGUGGAAGCGGUGCCACGACGGCACUGGAAGCGAAAACCUCCUGGAUCGCCCCAUUCACGGCCGGUGGGUUCCUACACAUCGCCCUUGUGACCGUGCUGCCGGAUUUGCUGGACGAAUCGGACCCGUGGGAAUCGUUCAAACAGUUUGCCGCACUCCUGCUCGGCAUCGGCCUGAUGGCCUUCAUGACCGUGUACCUGGAGCAUUAACAAAUUUCCCAAGUUCGGCAACAUCUCCUAAGACCGUUUGCUCACUGAGAAGAGAAAUAGUUGUGGUAACACGACAAAAACAAAAACGAAGACGACAAGGCGACAAUCAAUAGGCGUUGCCGAAGGACGAAGACCGUUUUUGUUGUUGUACAGAUUGGUCCAAAUAUCCUGUGAAGACAAAA